AUGCCAUCCGCAUUGAGCGUCGAGGGCGUGUUGACCUUUGUUACCAUCGACAAUGCUGUACGCCUCUUUGGCCUGUGGUGCGGAUAUUGCCUGCUCUUUACCUUGUACAACAUUUCUCCAUUCCAUCCUCUGUACGGAUUUCCAGGGCCAAAGUUGGCCGCAGCGUCAUAUCUCUAUGAGGCUUGGUACGACUUGAUCAGGGUUGGCAGGUACACGGCAGAGAUCAAGGCCAUGCACCAAAGAUACGGACCCAUCGUGCGCAUCAACCCACAUGAACUUCACUGCAACGACUAUGACUUUGUGGACGAGAUCUACCCUUGGGUUGCCAACCGCAUCCGCGACAAGUCUCCCCAUUUCCUGGCCGCAUUCGCGGGCCCUCUCACGGUGUCGACCUUCUUGACCCGUGACCAUGAGACCCACCGAGUUCCAAGGAGUGCCAUCAACAGAUUCUUCUCUCGGCAAGGUAUGCUGCGGUAUGAGCCGGAGAUCCACGAGAUGGCCCAGAAGAUGUGCAGCAAGAUCCUGCGACUGGCCUCGUCGGGCCAGGUAUCAACACCCAUCAACGUCCUCGAUCCGUACAACUGCUUCACUGCCGACGCCAUCUCCCAGUACUGUUUUGGGGAGCCAUUUGGAUUCUUGGAUAGGCCAGACUUUGAGCAGAAUUAUAAGAGAGCGUUCGAGGUCCUCGUCGCGACGUGCCACAUCUUCCGCCAUAUCCCCGUCCUCCGGCAUCUCAUCGGCCUCAUGCCUGCCCUUGGGCCGUACAUGGGCCCGGACAUUGCCUACAUGGUCCACUCCAUGAACGUGACGAUUCCCAAUCACGUCAUCAAGGCACAGCAGGCCAAGGCCGGCGCCGCGCGGCGCCUGUUUGCCGAGAUCAUGGACGCUCCUAUCCCGCACGAGCACAAGACCAUCUACCGGCUCUCUGGCGAGGGCUGGUCUCUGGUCGGUGCCGGCGCCGAGACCACCGCUGCCACUCUGAGCGCAAUCACAUUCUUCCUCCUGUCUCGGCCCGAGAGGCUUGCACGGCUCAGAGAGGAGCUCAAGGACGAAGACCCGCAGAACCUGAGCUGGGUCCAGCUGGAGAGGGGGACCGCCAUCGGAAUGAGCUCCUACGUUAACCACUUCGACGAGGAAAUGUUCCCCGAGCCAGAGAAGUACGAGCCUGAACGGUGGAUUGACCCGCAUCGAAAGCCGGACCAUGGGAUGGAGAUGUACAUACUGUCCUUUUCCAAGGGCUCUCGUCAGUGUAUCGGUAUGAAGUGA